GUUAAGAAGAGAAUAGAAAGUUUUCAACUAGAACUAAGGGAGACAAAGAUGAUCAAGUUGAGGUCAAAAAGGUUCUGCAGAGGAAGUUUUAAGCUCGGGGGCGGUAGCAGCAAUAGUAGCAACAAUAUUAAAGCAGCUUCAACUGCAACUAGUCCAAAAGAGUAUGGAGGUAUUAGUGAAAUCAAAUGGGAACUUAGGCCUGGUGGAAUGCUAGUUCAAAAGAGAGAAAGUGGAGACAGUGUAGGAGAAGGCACCAUCACUCUAAGAGUCUCAACUGUUUCUAAGUGGCAUGAUAUCUCCAUUGAAGCAACGUCAACUUUCGGGGAACUAAAGAUGAUACUGUCAUUGGUAACAAGUUUGGAACCAAGAGAGCAAAGGCUGUUGUUCAAAGGGAAAGAGAGAGAAGAUAAUGAAUAUUUACACAUGGUUGGUGUUAAAGACAAGGACAAGAUGCUACUGCUACAAGAUCCAGCUAUCAAGGAGAUGAAGCUUCAUGGAUUGAGAGGAAGAAGCCAACCCAUGGGUACUGCUUAUCGUACCAUUAGUGUAUGAUUAACACUAAUUAAAAAAAAAAAGAAAAAAAAGAAAAAAAACCCUCAUUGGUACAUCUUCACUAACCACCAAAUGAAGUUGCUAAAACAUUAUGGUGAAUGGAUUCUUCUUGUUCAAUUGGUAAUUAGAUAGGGCUUAAUUAAUUUAAGUUGUAUUAUUAAUGUAUCAGACAGACGGGGGCAAGUUAUUGUGUGUUAGCUGAUGCAAGUCCUAGUCAUUUUGCCUAGUUUACUAUGUUUAUAAAAAUGUUGAUUCCUGAUCAUGUAAUGUAAAUUAAUUAAUG